AUGAAUUCGACACAAUAAGGAAGAAGUACAGUUUUUACUGAUCUUGAUUUGAGGAUUAUUAUACCUCCUAAGCACCAUUUAAAAAAAUCUCUAAAUACAAUUUAGCAAUAGCAAGGAUUUGUUCCGAAAUCUUUGAAAAAAUAAGAAAUUUUUGAGGAUGGAGGAAAGAAAAAAUAUGAAUAAAGCAAGUCUAUUGAUUUUUCAAAAAGUAAAAUUGAUAGUGCAAUAGUUUAAAAAAAAGGUAUGGGAACUUAUAACACUGAAUAUUUGAGGCGUUAGUUAGAAAAUAACCCUAAUUAAAAUCAGUAACCAGCAGUCAGAAAUGAAGAUUCUAAAAAAAUCAAGACAUACUUUAACGAUCCAUCAAUUAAAUUGAACACAAUAAGUAAAAAUUUUACAGUUAAACCUGAAGAUUGUUCAGAUUCUAAAGUAAACUCUAGACCCAAUUAUUAUCUGUCCUCAAAAAAUGUUUAAAGGACAAUGAACCAAGAUCAAUUUUCUCAAACAGGUAAAAUAAAUAGCAGGAAAACAAAUUUAUCAAUGACAGCGUCCAAUUUAAACUCAACACUAGAUUAAUACAGAUUUAAUAGCAACCAUUACGAUAAUAGCUCAAAUAAUACAGCAAGUACCUAAAAGAUAUAGAGCUAAACAAAAGCAUCUCAUUAGAGGUGUAAUACAGAAACAGGUAUUUUCAACUAAGUUCCUAGAAACUAAUAUAAGAAUAUUCAUACAAAUAAAGUAGCAGUAGGAAAUAAUGGAGUAGGUUUUUAUAUUUAAUGA